UAAAAAUGAAUUAAAAUCCCACUAGGAAUAUACCAUCCAAAAGAGAAUAUGCUAUAGUCAACUCAAGUCCACGCCCUUGGAACCAAAAGUAGAAAGACUUACAGGUAAAUUAAAGGCCUUGAAGCAAAAUACUAGCUGAUAAAGCAUUUCCCUUUUGGCAAUUCACUUCUCUUCAACUAUCCUGUAUUCCUAUGAAAAUUUAUUACUAGAGUGAGUGAAAGAGAGAUCAUAUGGCGGACUUACUUCUUUCUGCCUUGGUGAGCACUGUGGUGGGGAACUUGAAUACUUCUGCACUUCAAGAAUUUGGAGUUGCUUGGGGCUUGGGAGCUGAGCUUGAGAAACUUAAGAGCACGAUGUCUGCCAUCCAAUCCGUUCUCCAAGAUGCAGAGGAGAAGCAGUGGAACAGCGAAGCUAUCACGAAUUGGCUUAGAAAGCUCAAAGAUGUAGCUUAUGAUGCCGAUAAUGUUCUGGACGAGUUUGCAACUGAAGCUCUAAUGCGAAAGGUGGAGGGAGAGAAAGGUGCGACAAGCCAAGUAAGUAGCUUCUUUUCUCUUCGAAACAGACUUAUAUUUCGCAUGAAAAUGGCACAUAAAUUGAAGAAUGUGAGGGAUAGACUGGAUGCCAUUUCUAGGGAGAGAUCUGAUUUCCACUUGAGAGAGGGAGCUAUAAACAUGGAAGUUUUUGAUGUAAAAUUAGAUGGAAGACAAACUAGCUCACUUGUGAAUGAAAGUGUGAUUUAUGGAAGAGAUGAGGAAAAAAAAAAGAUCAUUGAAAUGUUGCUCACUAAUUUGUCUGAUGAUCAAGAUAAUCUGGCCAUUUAUGCUAUAUGGGGUAUGGGGGGCUUGGGUAAAACAACACUUGCACAAUUAGUCUACAAUGAUGCAAGGGUGAAGAGCCAUUUUGAAUUGAGAAUUUGGGUGUGUGUAUCAGAUGAUUUCCAGAUAAGAAGGUUGCUAAGGGCGAUCAUAGAGUCUAUUGAUGGUAGUGCAUGUAAUCUUUCAGAGUUGGAUCCACUACAGAAACAGUUGCAAGAAAAAUUGCGUGGGAGAAAAUUCUUGCUUGCCUUGGACGAUGUCUGGAACGAGAACCAAGAGGAAUGGGACCGCCUAAAACAUACGUUGAUGUGUGGAGCGAAAGGUAGUAUGCUUAUAGUGACAACUCGGAUUGAAAAAAUUGCACUGAUGAUGGCCAGAGUACUUCCUAUACACCACAUUGGAUGCUUGUCAGAGGAUGAAUCUUGGUCCUUAUUUAAAGGACGUGCAUUUGGGUUGGAAAGGGUAGAAGAAAGAUCAGAAUUGGAAUCAAUUGGCAAGGAAAUAGUGAAGAAAUGUGGAGGGGUACCUCUAGCAAUAAAUGCUCUUGGAAGCCUUGUGUGCUCAAAAAGAACGAAAAGUGAAUGGUUAAUUGUGAAAGAUAGUCAGAUUUGGAAUUUACCGAAAAGUGAGAAUUCCAUCCUGCCUGCCCUCAUGUUGAGCUAUCACCAUCUAUCCCCACAUCUAAGGCAAUGUUUUGCUUAUUGCUGUGUAUUUCCCAAAGAUUUUGAGCUUAGGAUGGAUAAGUUGAUACAACUGUGGAUGGCUAAUGGUUUUAUCCCCUCCAAAGGACCAUCGGAGUUGUAUGAUUUUGGUGUUGAUAUCUUCAAUGAAUUAGUACGGAGGUCAUUCUUUCAAGAUGUCAAGGAGUAUCCUGGCUGUAUGACAUGUAAAAUGCAUGACCUUAUGCAUGACCUUGCUCAAUCUAUUAUGAGGCAUGAAUGCGUUGCAGUGGAAUCUGGUAAAGAUGUGAAGGUUGAAGGCAGGAUUUUUCAUAUGUUUUUUGUCAUGAUCUCAUCACAAGACAUUUCUUUGAAUGAGGACAUAUGUAAAGUUCGAUCUCUACGCUCAUGCAUUGAUGCAUUUGAUUGUGAAGUUUCUCGGCCAUUCCUCUUAAGACAAAAGUAUCUUCGGGUAUUGGAUUUUAAAUAUGUGGUUCAGGAAGUACCGAGAUCAAUCAGCAAUUUAAAACAUUUGAGGUAUCUAGACAUGUCUGGGUCUAAUAUCAAAGUUUUACCUAAAUCAACAACCUGCCUCUUGAACCUACAAACUCUGAAACUAGACUUCUGUCACGAUCUUUGUGAGUUACCCAAAGGUAUGAAGCACAUGAAAAGCCUAAUGUAUCUUGGCAUCAUUGGUUGUAAUUCUCUAACUUGUAUGCCUGAAGGAAUGGGACAAUUAACUUUCCUCCAAUCAUUGAGCUUCUUCAUUGCUGGCAAGAAAAAUGGCUAUCAAGUAAGUGAGUUGAAAGGGCUAAACCUUCGAAACAAUUUGACAAUAAAGGAACUUGAUAAUGUCAGAAAUUCAGAGGAGGCCAAAAGUGCAAAUUUGAUUGGAAAAAAAAAUCUUCAUUAUCUAAGUUUGGAUUGGCGGAGUGACAAUAAAAGCCAUGUACCGGACCACGUUGAAGAUGUUCUUGAUGGUCUCCAACCUCAUUCAAAUCUGAAAGAACUGUCCAUAAACAACUAUCAUGGUUCAAAAAUUCCAACAUGGAUUCAAGAUUCAAUUCUUUGUGAUUUGGUUCGAAUUUCGCUAGAUUGUUGGGAAAGAUGUGAACAUUUGCCACCUCUUGGCAAACUACCUUUCCUCAAGGUUCUUCAUAUAACUGGCUGGCAUGCUGUGAAAUAUAUUGGCAAUGAGUUCCAUGGAGACGGUGCAAUUUCAUUCCCCUCAUUGAAGGAAUUUACGCUCCAUAAGAUGCGUGAUUUGGAGGAAUGGAGAACAAUGAAUGGAAGAGAAAAUUUUCCCUGCCAAAGCACAUUAGAUAUCACGGAUUGCCCAAAGUUAGUUGAAAUUCCUAUUAUUCCUUCCAUUACAGAUUUGACUAUGAGUAGAAACAAUGCAAUGUUAAUUAGGUCGGUGAUGAAUCUCACUUCGCUUUCUUCCCUUGUGAUUGAAGACAUGGAUGAUGAAUUGACAGUUCUUCCAGAUGGACUGUUGCAAAAUCAUAAGAUGCUUGAAAUGUUGAAGAUUUCCAAUAUGCCCAAUCUCAAGUCACUGACUAAUCAGUUGGAUAAUCUUUCUGCGUUGAAUGAAUUUCAUCUUGUAUGUUGUGACAAGAUCGAAAGUCUUCCAGAAGGACUCCAGAACUUACAUUCAUUACGGGAACUGCACAUACAGGGGUGUAAUAAUCUUUUGUCCUUACCAAUGAAUGGUUUGCAGGGCUUAUCUUCACUACGGAGUUUACACAUUGGGAGCUGCAACAAAUUCUGCUCUUUGUCUGAGGGAAUUCAAUAUUUAAUUGCACUUGAGGAUUUAUAUAUUGACAGCUGUCCUAAGUUAAUUUCAUUGCCAGAGGGUCUUCAACAUCUAACUGCUCUCCGUUAUCUGAAAAUCGUCAAUUGUGAAGACUUAUCUUCUCUGCCUAAGCAGAUUGGAUGCCUCACAUCGCUUUCAUUUUUGGGAAUUUUGAACUGCCCUAAUCUAACGUCUAUACCAGACGAGAUACAGAAUCUUACGGCACUUAAAUCAUUGAGAAUUGGAGAAUGUCCACAUCUGGAGAAGCGGUGCAAGAAAGACAGUGGAGAGGAUUGGCAUAAAAUAUCUCACAUCCCCCACGUUGACAUCAUUUCUUAUUCAGAGAUACCAUCAUCGACGGGUCCUUGAGAAUUCACCUUUCCUCUGGGAUUUCUGGUUCCACUGCAGCUUAUUGGGUUGGGCCUAGGCUGAAGAGUGAUAGGGAGAGGUUUCCUCCUAACAAUGUUUUACUUAUGCUUGCUGGUGCUGGGCUAUUGUGGAUGGGUUGGUCGGGCUUCAGUGGUGGGGCACCCUACGCAGCAAACGUUGACGCUUCAAUAGCAGUCAUAAACACCAACAUAAGUGCAGCCACUAGUCUUCUUGUUUGGAUAAGAGUGUUUCCCAAUAAGACUUCUAGUGUUAAUGAAUAUGAUUAGUGUCACAUUAAUGACAUAAUAUAUAAAUAAAUAAUACAA